AUGAGCCGGCGCGUGGUUCGGCAGAGCAAGUUUCGCCACGUGUUUGGGCAGGCGGCGAAGGCUGACCAGGCCUACGAGGACAUCCGUGUGUCCAAGGUCACGUGGGACAGCUCCUUCUGCGCCGUCAACCCCAAGUUCCUGGCCAUCAUCGUGGAGGCUGGGGGCGGAGGGGCCUUCAUCGUCCUGCCUCUGGCCAAGACAGGACGAGUGGAUAAGAACCACCCACUGGUCACUGGGCACACUGCUCCUGUGCUGGACAUCGACUGGUGUCCACAUAAUGACAAUGUCAUCGCCAGUGCCUCGGAUGACACCACCAUCAUGGUGUGGCAGAUUCCAGACUAUACCCCUAUGCGCAACAUCACAGAGCCCAUCAUCACGCUAGAAGGUCACUCCAAGCGCGUGGGCAUCCUCUCCUGGCACCCCACUGCCCGGAACGUCCUGCUCAGUGCAGGUGGUGACAACGUGAUCAUCAUCUGGAACGUGGGCACCGGGGAGGUGCUCCUGAGCCUGGACGACAUGCACCCGGACAUCAUCCACAGCGUGUGCUGGAACAGCAACGGCAGCCUGCUGGCCACCACCUGCAAGGACAAGACCCUGCGCAUUGUCGACCCCCGCAAGGGCCAGGUGGUGGCGGAGCGAGCCCGGCCUCACGGGGGCGCCCGCCCGAUGCGGGCCGUCUUCACCGCCGACGGGAAGCUGCUCAGCACCGGCUUCAGCAGGAUGAGCGAGCGGCAACUCGCGCUCUGGGACCCGGAGAGGUUUGCGGCCCACGAGGGGAUGAGGCCCAUGCGGGCCGUCUUCACGCGCCAGGGCCAUAUCUUCACCACGGGCUUCACCCGCAUGAGCCAGCGAGAGCUGGGCCUGUGGGACCCGAACAACUUCGAGGAGCCGGUGGCGCUGCAGGAGAUGGACACGAGCAACGGCGUCCUCCUGCCCUUCUACGACCCCGACUCCAGCAUCGUCUACCUGUGCGGCAAGGGCGACAGCAGCAUCCGGUACUUUGAGAUCACCGAGGAGCCGCCCUUCGUGCACUACCUCAACACGUUCAGCAGCAAGGAGCCGCAGCGGGGCAUGGGCUUCAUGCCCAGGCGGGGGCUGGACGUCAGCAAGUGCGAGAUCGCCCGGUUCUACAAGUUGCACGAAAGGAAAUGUGAGCCCAUCAUCAUGACGGUGCCCCGCAAGUCAGACUUGUUCCAGGAUGACCUGUAUCCAGACACGCCGGGGCCCGAGCCGGCCCUGGAAGCGGACGAGUGGCUGUCGGGCCAGGACGCCGAGCCCGUGCUCAUCUCGCUGCGGGACGGGUACGUGCCCCCCAAGCACCGCGAGCUCCGGGUCACCAAGCGCAACAUCCUGGACGCGCGCCCGCCCUCCGGUCCCCGCCGCAGCCAGUCCGCCAGCGACGCCCCCUUAUCGCAGAACAUGCUGGAGACGCUGCUGGAGCAGGUCAAGGCACUGCGCGAGCAGGUGCAGGCGCAGGAGCAGCGCAUCACGGCGCUGGAGAACAUGCUGUGCGAGCUGGUGGACGGCGACUAG